AAAUAAUUAGGCUUCAUGCUCAGAGAUUUCGGGCAGAAACAAGACAACUAUCGGUCAGGUAGCGGCAAUUACUACUUCAAUUACUACUUCGCCAACUACUACUUCACUCGGGACGCGCGCCGCGAGGUGAUGCCGCCGGUGCUGCUCGCCGAGAACACCGGCGCCGCGCUGCUCACCGCCAAAAAGAGCAAGAAGGAGAAGAAGAAAGAGAAGGAGGCGGCGGCGGCGGCGGCCGAGACCGAUGCGGGUGCCCAGGUGUCGACGGCAGCGGCGUCGGCAGUGCCGCGUCCCGGCCAGCCCUACGUCUGGGACGGCCGUGCCGAGGUUUGAUCGUCGACACCAACAGACGACGUCAGGGUGCGUGUACAUAGGGAGCUAGGAUACUAUUGUGGUCAAUACAGCUAUGUCGAUAGG